AUGAAACUUGGAGCUAUACAGAUGAGCGCCAAAGCCUUCUCCCUCUCUUUCUGCAUACCAGCUGCAUUUCUGCUCAUCUUUGCUCAUCCCAACAAUCCAACCACUUCAUUCCUUGGAGCCCUGCUUGAUAUGUCAACCCCUUCCUCUCCAUUUAAUCUGCUCAAGGUUGAUUAUCUUUUCAACCUUUAUCGCCGUCGUGGCGCGUAUAACCCACCCUGCGAUGAUUUCCCGCCGUACUUUCCACCACUCUGCGAUGAUUUCCCGCCGUACUUUCCACCUCCUGACACAGAAGCAACGUCGAUCUUCUGCGUCGACCCGAAUGGCUGCUGCGACUUCACCACCGUGCAGUCCGCUGUCGAUGCUGUGCCAAGAUACAGCGGAAAGAGGAAUGUCUUGUGGAUCAACAAGGGCAUCUACUUUCCUGCGACCAAGCCCAACAUCACAUUUCAGGGGCAGGGAUUUGAUCUGACAGCGAUCAUGUGGAACGACACAGCCAACUCGUCACAUGGCACCUUCUAUAGUGCUUCGGUCUCUGUUUUUGCAACCGGCUUUGUUGCCAAGAACAUCAGCUUCAUGAAUGUAGCACCAAUCCCAAGACCCGGUGAUGUCGGUGCCCAGGCAGUCGCUAUCAGGAUCGGUGGUGAUCAAGCGGCGUUCUGGGGCUGUGGCUUCUUAGGGGCACAAGAUACGCUGCACGACGAUAGGGGCAGGCAUUACUUCAAGGAAUGCUUCAUUCAGGGCUCUAUUGACUUCAUCUUUGGAGAUGCUAGGUCACUCUAUGAAAAUUGCAGAUUGAUAUCCAUAGCAGAUCCUGUGUCUGCAGGGGUCAGAACCAUCACUGGUUCAGUUACUGCGCAGGCCCGGGAAUCCAACCAAGACAACACUGGCUACUCGUUUGUCAACUGUAGCAUUGGCGGCACCGGUAGGAUAUGGCUCGGGCGAGCAUGGAGACCUUACUCCCGUGUUGUCUUCGCAUACACUUCGAUGUCGGACAUCAUCGCAUCCGAUGGAUGGAAUGAUUGGAAUGAUCCUUCAAGAGAUCAGAAUGUAUUUUAUGGAGAGUACAAGUGUACAGGUGAUGGUGCAAACCUGGCAGAUAGAGUACCGUAUGCUCUGAAGCUCAGUGAUGUGCAAGCAUUACCUUACUUGACCACAUCUUAUAUCGAUGGAGACCAAUGGUUGAAGCCAUACUGUGACUCGCUAGUAUCUCCUUGGUGAAAUCAUAGACGCUCAAUUUAAGGAUAUCCAACAUUAUGUCAGACAAGCAAAGAUGAGAAGUUGGCACGAAUCCACUCAUUGGAUCCAAUAAUAUAGCACGUCACAUGAACUGUGCAAAGAACAAUAUUCGAAAUUUUAGAAAUACAUUGAUUUUGACAAA